AUGGAAAGGGGAAAAACCCUACGCAAUAAACGAAAAUGAAAACUCCUAUAUAAGCCAAAACUCGCCUCUCUGUUGAAACCCUAGCUUCACUUUCACAGACCCAUUUUUCGCCACACUCUGCCGCAAAACCAUUUUCUUCCUCACACAUCAAUCUCCACUUUCAUCAUUCUCAUUUCCACACCGUAAAAUCAUCAGUGAGGUACCAUGUCGGAUGAUGAAAGGGAGGAGAAGGAGUUAGAUCUCUCUUCUUCUGAAGUUGUCACCAAAUACAAAACUUCAGCAGAGAUCAUUAACAAGGCUUUGAAGUUAGUUGUUUCUGAAUGUAAACCCAAGGCUAAGAUUGUGGACAUUUGUGAGAAAGGAGAUGCAUUUAUUAGAGAGCAAACUAGUAAUGUGUACAAGAAUGUGAAGAAGAAGAUAGAGAGAGGUGUUGCUUUCCCGACUUGCAUAUCUGUUAACAACACAAUCUGCCAUUUUUCGCCUCUAGCAAGCGAUGAAACAGUGUUGGAAGAAGGUGAUAUAGUGAAAAUUGAUUUGGCUUGUCAUAUAGAUGGAUUCAUUGCUGCGGUGGCUCACACUCAUGUUCUUCAGGAAGGUCCAGUUACUGGACGAGCAGCUGAUGUUAUCGCUGCUGCAAACACUGCUGCUGAAGUGGCCUUGAGACUUGUAAGGCCGGGAAAGAAGAACAAGGAUGUAACUGAUGCAAUUCAAAAGGUUGCUGCUGCCUAUGACUGUAAAAUUGUUGAAGGUGUUCUAAGUCACCAAUUGAAGCAGUUUGUGAUUGAUGGGAACAAGGUUGUGCUUAGUAUCUCUAAUCCAGAUACAAGGGUUGACGACGCAGAGUUUGAGGAAAAUGAAGUUUAUGCAAUUGAUAUAUUGACAAGUUCUGGAGAAGGAAAGCCUAAGUUAUUGGAUGAGAAGCAGACAACUAUUUAUAAGAGGGCUGUUGACAAGAAUUAUCACUUGAAGAUGAAAGCAUCUCGGUUCAUAUUCAGUGAAAUAAGCCAAAAAUUUCCAAUCAUGCCAUUUUCUGCUAGGGCUUUGGAAGAGAAAAGAGCUCGUCUGGGUUUAGUGGAAUGUAUGAAUCACGAGCUCUUGCAGCCAUAUCCUGUUCUGCAUGAAAAGCCUGGUGAUUUUGUUGCACACAUCAAGUUCACUGUCUUGUUAAUGCCAAAUGGGUCGGAUCGCGUCACAUCUCAUCCACUCCAAGAAUUGCAGCCUACGAAGACAAUAGAUGAUCCUGAGAUCAAGGCAUGGCUAGCUUUGGGCACAAAGACAAAGAAGAAAGGUGGCGGAAAGAAGAAAAAAGGUAAGAAAGAGGACAAGGCUGAAGCUGAGCCAGAGGACUCAACAAAUGGGGCAACACCUCAGGAAUGAGUUAACAUCUACCUCCCCAAUCCCAAAAAAGAAAUGUUUUUCAUUUCAUUUUUCUGACACCCCUUUUCAAUUUUGGUACAUUGUUCACUAAAUUGUAUCUCUGUUUGGAAUUUGGAUAUGAAUUUAGUAUAGUGUUUAGACAUCUAUUUUAAUAGCUGUUUUCAGUGCA